AUGAUGCCAUCGGGUUCGGGUGAGGGAGGACGAAGCUUCAGGUGGACUGACUUGUUUGGAAGCUUUUCAAGUUGUAAUUCCGAAGCCAGUGUCAACCAACCGGCCCGGGACUAUGCCAACCCUGGUGAACCCGACGCGCCUCUUUAUCACCCGUUACAGGAGGACGGACAGAGGCGCCAAGAACUCUCUGAUCGUCUUGGUAUCAACAGUAUAGGAAGUGAUAUGCCCGACGAAGUUCGGGAGUCAAUUCUCAAAACUCACAAUUCGAUAGAACUGAAGAUCGAGAAAGCCCUUCGUUCAGACAGGUUUUCCGAGGAUUCCCUUAUGGAGAAAAGGCAUCAGAUAAGGGGGGUCCUCUUUUACCCUAAUGGGAAGGCUUUAUCAUUACGGACUUAUAAUCAACACCUCCAUUACAUGGAGAACUUUGGAACCCACCGUAGCGUCCCUUAUAAGAGGGUUAUAAAAGCUUUAUAUAAUCAAGACCUGGAACUUGAAAAGAUUUAA